GUCCAGCCGCGCGCCUUCUCCGCUCCGCGGUACUAUGGCCCCCGCCCGCCUGCUCGCGCUGCUCCUGCUCUUCGUAGGCGCCCCCGCCGCCGCCGAGUCGAUCCGGGAGACUGAGGUCAUCGACCCCCAGGACCUCCUGGAAGGCCGGUACUUCUCGGGAGCCCUACCAGAUGAUGAGGACGUGGGGGUGCCUGGGCAGGAACCCGAUGACUUGGAGCUGUCCGGCUCUGGAGACCUGGAUGACUCAGAGGACCCCAGGGUCUUCCCUGAAGUGAUCCACCCCUUGGUGCCUCUAGAUAACCACAUCCCUGAGAGGGCAGGCCCUGGGCGCCAGGUCCCCACCGAACCCAAGGAACUGGAGGAGAAUGAGGUUAUCCCCAAGAGGAUCUCACCCUUUGAUGGGGAUGAGGAUGUGUCUAACAAGGUGUCCAUGUCCAGCACUGCCCAGGACAGCAACAUCUUUGAGAGAACAGAGGUCCUGGCAGCUCUGAUUGUGGGCGGCGUGGUGGGCAUCCUCUUCGCCGUGUUCCUGAUCCUGCUGCUGGUGUACCGCAUGAAGAAGAAGGACGAGGGCAGCUAUGAUCUGGGCAAGAAACCCAUCUACAAAAAAGCCCCCACCAAUGAGUUCUACGCAUGAAGCUUCCUCAGGGGCACUGGCUUGGACUGUAGGGGGGCGGGAAGCCGGAGGAUUUUGCAGGGUGGACGUUAGCAUAGGGGGAGGUCAACCUAAUACCGACUUGUCAGUAUCUCCAGUUCUGAUUACCUUUUAAGUGUCAGAAGAGACAUCAUCUUCUGCUGUUCUGCCUGGCUCUUCUCGAUUCUUGGGUCCUCAGUUGCCCUGGCAGAAAAUUGGGCUUAAACUUGGCUUUUCUGAAGGCAAGCCUGGGAUUGGAUCAUUUCCUAAACUUCCAGUUUAGAAUCUAGGUCCAGCUUCAAGCCUAUACUGAACAUGCCUCAUCCACAGGCCCUCUGAAGCCAGGGGGCUGGGGGUGUGUGCGAGUCCCAGCUGGAGGUCUGUCCCCAGCCACCUUCCUUUCUCCCUAUCACAGCCUGUCCCUCUGCCAGGAAGUGGGAGAAGGAUCUAGAACCAUCUGCACCUUGAGAUGUGUCUGUAAAUGGAUACUUAGGAUCACACUACGGGAGUCUCUGUGGUAUACCUUGGGCCAUUCUAGGCUCUUUUAAGUGACUUUUGGAAAUCAACCUUUUUUAUUUGGGGCUUGGGGGAAAGAGCUGAAAGUUCAUGCUGAAAUGGAUUUAUAGAAUAUUUUUAAAUCUA